AGUAAAGGCUCUGUAUUUCAUGUACAAUCUAUCCAAAGUUACUGGCUUUACACUGCCCUAAUUUAAAACUUCACCAUUGCAAAUAGAAACCCUAAUUUUUUAUUUACUUUUUCACUGCAAACCCUGCAUUCCUCAUAAUCUGAUAACUUUAAUGAUCUUCUCAGUUCAAGAAGCCCUGGGUUUCUCAGUCAUCUUGGUCUUAUUAUGCAGCUGAAACACUAGACUGAAAACCCAUUUUUUUUUCUGUAUAAUCAGGAUAUACCCCAGAUUUCGAUCCCUCUUAGGCAGUAACAAACCCUAGAUCGACCUGAGCCAACCGUUAAUUUAGUUUUCAUGGAAAGCCCUAGAUUUGAACCAGAGCUCCAUGAUUUUCCCCUGUAAAUACUCUUGAUUUCAAUUUCUCGACUUGCAUUAGAAACCCUAACUCUGAAUCCCUCCCCUCGUAGCCAUGGGAUGCACACAGUCGAAGAUUGAGAAUGAAGAAUCGGUCGGGAGAUGCAAAGAGCGAAAGCAACACAUGAAAGAAGCAGUAACAGCGAGAAACGGCUUUGCAGCUGCUCAUAGCUCUUACAUAUUUACCCUAAAAAACACAGGAGCGGCUCUGAGUGAUUAUGCUCAUGGUGAAUCACAAGAGGACCCAGCCUCUGGUUCAAACAUAAUAAACCCUGUAAAAGACAAGGUCCUUCCUCCUCCUCCUCCUCCUCCUACCUUUCCUUCUCACUCACCUCUGAUUCGAUCAGCGAGCCUGCCUGCUAUUCCUCUCUCUAAAACGUCAGUUUCUCAAAGUAGUGAGACGAUUCCAGAGGAAGAAGAUGGGGAAGAAGCAGAGGGGGCACCUCGCCCUCCCCCUCCACCUCCUGCUUCUUCCGUUCAACAGAGAGAGCCACCUCCUGCUUCUUCUGUUCAACAGAGAGAGCCACUUCCUUCGUCUUCGAGCUAUAUCGAUUACAUCUUUGAUACUCAAACACCUGCUGGCCCAGCCAUUGAUGAGAUCAGGCAGGUGGGUGAGGAGAGAAAGAGGGAGUCAGAGAGAGAGAGGGAGUCAGAGAGAGAGGACAGAGAGAGAGUGGAGGAGGAGCGAGAAAGGGUGGAGGUGGAGAGGAGUAAGAGUGAGGAGGCAGCGACGGUUUCAGAGAAGGGACAGAGUAUGGAGCUCGCAGUUGCUGGGGAUGGGAGGAAGGGAAAAGAGGCUGGAAGGACUUUGUUCAGGAUUUUGCAUCAGCUUGAUGACUUAUUUCUUAAGGCUUCUGAGAGUGGGCAGGAGGUUUCGAGGAUGCUUGAGGCCAAUAGGUUGCAUUACCAUUCGAAUUUUGCAGAUAGUCGAGGACACAUUGAUCAUUCUGCACGAGUUAUGCGUGUGAUAACGUGGAAUAGGUCAUUCAAAGGUCCACAAAACCCUGAAGAUGGAAAGGAAGAUCUAGAGGCGGAUGAGUGGGAAACUCAUGCAACGAUAUUGGACAAGUUGCUAGCAUGGGAGAAAAAGCUAUUUGAUGAAGUAAAGGCUGGUGAGCUUAUGAAGAAAGAGUAUCAGAGGAAGACAGCUUUGUUAAAUAAGCAAAAGAGAAGAGGUGUCAGCUCUGAAGCCCUUGAGAAAACUAAAGCUGCGGUAAAAUAUCUGCAUACAAGAUACAUAGUUGACAUCCAAGCCAUGGAUUCCACUGCAUCAGAGAUAUGCCGGCUACGUGAUGAGCAACUUUACCCAAAACUUGUGGAACUUGUUGAUGGGCUGGCAAAGAUGUGGGAGGCCAUGUACCAGAAUCAUGAGAACCAGCUGAAGAUUGUGGCUGACCUGCGUUCCCUCGACAUCUCCAACGCCCCAAAGGAGACAAGCAAGGAGCACCACAAGCAGACUGGCCAGCUCUGUCAGGCCGCCAAGGACUGGGACAGCCAUUUUAAAAAUCUUGUCACCCUCCAGAAAAAGUACAUUGAGGCCCUCAACAGCUGGUUGCGCCUCAAUCUCAUUCCCAUAGAAAGCAGCCUAAAAGAAAAGGUCUCAUCACCCCCUCGUGUUGUGAACCCCCCCAUUCACACCCUCCUCCAUGAAUGGCAUGCCCGCCUUGGAAAGCUUUCUGAUGAGGUCACCAUAAAUGCAAUUUCGGGUUUCGCUGCAGUCAUUGAAGCAAUACAUAAGCAACAAGCGGAAGAGAUCAAAAUAAAGGAGAGGUGUGCUGAGUUAGAGGAAGACUAUAAUCGAAAGAACCGGUCUUUUGUGGAUUGGAAACAAAAAUAUUUGGAUAAGAGGGGGCCUGAGGAGGUGGAUGGAGAGAGAGGAGGGGAGGGUGGAACUCACAAAGAUCCACUGGUAGAGAAAGAAUUUGUCGUAGAAACCUUGAAGAAGAGGUUUGACGAAGAGGUGGAGUUGCAUCGUAAGAUUUGUAAACAAGUGAGAGAGAAGUCCUUGGGGAGCCUUAAGACUGGGCUUCCACCUCUCUUUAGGGCCAUAUCAGAUUAUGCACACACUUGCUCGGAGGUCUACAAAGAGCUGCAUGUAGUCACAAUUAAGCGUAAGCCAGCAGAGAGCUCAAGUUGAGGGGUGGGUGGUGUUUGUAAUUUAUGUGCAGUGUUAGUGUUAUGGGUAGUCUCAUGUUGUGAACUGCUAUUAUGAUGGGUUUGCACUUUGCGGUGUUUAGAUGAAACAGGGUGAGGUGGUUAUUGCAUUUGUGGUUGGUGGAAA